AAAGUAUUGAGUUUGCUUUGUUUUGGUUUGGAAUUGGGUUGUUGUUGUUGUUUGGUUUUAUUGAAAUUAAUACGAACAACAUAAGUUACUGCUCAGUAAGUUUCUAUAUCCUCCCUGUGUAGGCAUCCUGCUCAUACUUAUAUAUUUCCUUCUAUUUUUCUCUUGGCCUUCGAAAUGUUUCCCUUUUAGGUGCUUCUUAUAUUCAUAGGUGCUUACUGCUUAGUAAUUAAUUUGAUUGAGACUUGAGACUCUGUACUGAAUUACCCAGACUUGAGACUCUAGAGUUUAGGUUGGAUGUUUAUUGUUUUCCUCUAUUAUAUUGAACUUUAGUAAUUAAUUUGAAGUCAUACUUUAUAUUUUGCACUGUCUCGUGAUUGUGGAUCGAGAACUGGCAGUGGCAAUGAUAUUUAAGCCAUGAAGUUUUCUGCUCUCUUUGAGUAUAGUAGUGUUUUCUUUUUUGCUCUCAAAUUGCAUCUCAGCUUGUUAGUAGUCAUAUGCUGAUUUGAGAGAAGUAAUUUUCAUCAUUUUUCUGUUGGUAUUCACACAGUUUAUUCGUUUAUGGUUAGUGCAAAUGGAUAUUGAUGAAGAGAACACUAAGGCUACAAUCAAUCUAAGUGAUACGCAACGUACAACAAGUGCACCAAGUCCUUCAAAGAGAAAGGCUAAAGGUAUACGAGUAGGUAAGAUACAUCAAAAGAGAUCCCGUGUUUGGACUUUGUUUGAAGAAUUGCCUGUUGGUCCUGAUAAUAAACAACAUGUGAAGUGUAAAAACCGUGGGAUAGUUUACGUAUGUGAUAGUAAUUGUGGGACGAAAAACCUAUUGAAUCAUAUGGAUUUGUGUACUAAAAAGCAUCACAUUGAUAUGAAGAAAUCUCAAGUUGGAUUGCGUUCUCCUCAAUUUAACCAUAUUAGUUUUUGUGAGCUAUUGAUUGAGGCUAUAGUUAAGCAUGAUUUGCCUUUUAGGUUUGUUGAAUAUGAGGGCAUUAGAACUUUGUUUAAAUACAUAUCUCCUGAUAUCAAACUGCCCUGAAGAAAUACCGUUAAGAAACAUGUGUUGAGGAUGUUUGAAGAUGAAAAGACAAGACUUCGAGAUUGGUUAAAUACAAUUGAGGGAAGAAUUUGUUUGACAUCUAAUCUAUGGUCUUCUGCUGCAACUGAUGGAUAUCUCACACUCACAGCUCACUUUGUUGACAAAGAAUGGAAAUGUACAAAAGAAUCUUAAAUUUUUAUCAUAUGCCUCCUCCACAUACCGGGGUUGCUUUGUCUGAAAAAAUUAACGCCUUAUUAGUUGAGUGGGGGAUCGAAAAGAAACUGUUUUCCAUUACUUUGGAUAAUGCCUCUGCAAAGGAUUGUUCUAGUUGAGCUAUUGAAGAAACAAUUAAAUUUUAGAGGUUUGCUAUUAAUGGAUGGAAAGUUCUUCCAUGUUCGUUGUUGUACCCACAUCCUAAACUUGAUAGUCCAAGAUGGACUAAAGGAAAUUGAUGGAUCAGUGACGAAAGUUCGUGAGUGCAUCAAAUAUAUAAAGUGUUCAGAAGGGAGAAAAAAUAAGUUUUUAACUUGCGUUGCACAAGUAGGGUUGGCAGGUAGUAAAAGAGGGUUGAGACAAGAUGUGCCUACUAGAUGGAAUUCAACAUAUACAAUGCUUGAUAGUGCUAUUUUCUAUCGUUGUGCUUUUCUCAUUUUGGCACUUGUUGAUUCUAAUUUUAGUUCAUGUCCUUCCUUCGAAGAGUGGGAUAAAAUAGAGAAGAUUUCCAAUUUCUUGGGGUAUUUUUAUGAAGUUACUUGCUUAUUUUCUGGAACAAAUUACCCUACAUCAAACUUGUUCUUCCCAAAAGUGUUCAAAUUCCAUUAUUGUAUUCAAAAUGCUAUGGAAGAUUGUGAUGAUUUCAUGAGACGAAUGGGGAGUUAUAUGAAUUUGAAGUUUGAAAAGUAUUGGUCAGAGUAUAGUUUGAUCCUUGCCAUUGGAGUGAUUCUUGAUCCUCGCUAUAAAUUGCAAUUUGUAGAGUGGGGUUAUGACAAGCUUUAUGGUAAGGAGUUGAGAAAGUUGAAGGAUGUUAGUGGCACAUUGUUUGCACUCUUUGCUCGGUACAUGGACGAGUUCUCUCAUCUUCUUGUAUCCAAUCCAGUUAAUCAAACUCCUACUCAAAUAAAAGUUGGAGACAAACUUUUUGAGGAAUUUGAUAAUAUUUACCAAGAUAGGUCAACUUCAGUUGAAAAAACUGAAUUACAUCUAUAUCUUGAAGAAAAGAGACUUGAUAGAAAACAAGAGUUGGAUAUUCUUUCUUGGUGGAAACUGGAGCAAUUUCGUUAUCCUGUACUUUCUUGUAUGGCUUUUGAUGUCUUAACAAUUCCUAUCUCAACUGUUGCCUCGGAAUCAGUAUUUAGUAUUAGUGGUAGGGUGCUUGAUCAAUAUCGAAGUUCUUUGUUGCCUGAAACCGUUCAAGCCUUGCUAUGUACUAGAGAUUGGCUUUUUGGCAAAGAAGCUUUAGAGAAAUAGGGUGUUCACUUGGAAGAACUCACUGAAGAAAUUUUUGACAUGAGCCUUAACGAAAACUCGGGACAAUGCUCCAAUAGUAUUAGUCUUGAUUAAGCAUGGUGAAUGUUGAAGGCAAAAAAGAAGUAGAGGAUGCAAUGCAAGAAGAAGGUUGGCAAAAAAGUAGAGAGAAUGCAAUCAUGCAAUGCAAGAAGAAAUAGAGCCACUGUAGACUCUGUAGUAAGACAUUGAUUGAGACUUGAGAAAGAAAAUUACUAUGUUUUACUUAAACAAUUGCCCGAUCUAUGUUAAGAUUUGGAGACGCAUGUAAUCAAUUUGAUGUUCAAAAUGUGUUUCUACAUGGUUCUUUGA